CAUGAAGAACCUCCGGUGCCACCGAGAAAGGGAAUGCCUAAAAGAAAGUUAGACGACCUCUGGACAGCAGCUUACUAUGGUGAUAUAAAGGAAUUUCCAGAUGACACAGAUGACGACAAGCAGAGAUGGAGAAUUUAUUCCAAAGAAGAAGGAGGUUUGAUUUUAAAGAAUGGCAUGGAUGGUGAAUCCUAUGAAGUUACCAUUGGAGAUCAAUACGAAGUGUCUGUUGGGCAUGAUGAAGGAAAAGUGUGUAGAGGAACAGUACUUUCUGAAUUAAUGCGGGACGUGGUUGAGAAAACUGGUGUUAAAGCAGCAAGACAUAGGAAGGGUGCCACGUUGAUUAAUAAACGCGAUUUAAUGCACUUCGUAGAAGCUUUCCUUCUAAAAGACGAUGAAAUACCAAGAGAGGUUGGGGAAGAAGGUGGAAAAAUUCUUGGCAAGGGAGAAUUUGGAGAAGUUGUACUUAGAGAAUUCCGCACUUCUGUGAGUUUUCAAUUUUUUCCGUUCUCUAUACAUGAAGGCUCAAAUCGAAAAGUGGCAAUAAAACGAGUAAAGCAAACAUCCGAAUUUGCUUUAACUGGAGGAAUGGAACUUGCAGUUAUGGCCACCCUUUCCCAGUGCGAGAAAAACGUACACCUUCUCAGUUUUAUUGGUUGGUACAUGGAUUCAGGGCAUCUCAACAUUGUGUCCGAGUACAUGCCCAACGGAUGCCUCAACGAACGUCUUAGGAGGUUAUUUCUAAAUAAUGAAGAGAAGAAGCACACAGAGCAACUCAACUUGGUCCGAUACGUCUCACAAAUUGCUUCAGGAAUGAAAGUUCUGGAAGAAAACGCACUUCUUCACCGUGAUCUUGCAACUAGGAAUAUUCUCCUAGAUGAAUACGACAAUAUCAAGAUUGGUGGUUUCGGUUUGAGCCGACCAUUUGAAUCCAAAUACAGCUCUGGGGUGAUAGCUGUGAGAUGGAUGGCUCCAGAGGUGUUGGCAAAUGAAAAUACGUUUACUAAUAAGGCAGAUGUUUGGUCUUUUGGUGUCGUGGUGUGGGAGAUUUAUAGUUUUGGUGGCUUGCCCUAUAGUGAUGUCAACUGUUCCAAAUUGGGUACUCUCCUUCAAAAUGGCAAACGACUGGAUGCUCCAGUUGGCGUGCCACAGAGAAUGGCAGCCCUUAUGGAGAAUUGUUGGAAGUUGGAACCUAAAGAAAGACCAUCAUUCAGAGAAAUUGACAACAUUCUCCAAGGAAAGACAACCAGACCAUACCGGACUCCUACACCGCCACCUCCACCACCCAAAUAUGACCAAUCAAUUAGCACGUUUAAAUGUCCACAGGUAGACAAUAAGUUCAACGCUCACGAGUAUUCGAUGGAUCAGGCUGAGAAGGGGUGUGACGGAGGUUGA